AAAAAGAAGAGGGAGGGGCGAAAUACGGGGAGAGAGGAGAGAGGGCUACCAUCUCUCAGAAACAAACACCCUAUUGCAUCUCCGCCUCAGCAGGAAGGUGCGUUUGUCUGGGCAAACCCAGAGUGGAAAGCGCCUUGCCUGCAGCGGCCAAGUGAGUUGGGGCGGCAGCCCGCGGGAGGUGGGGCGAAUUGCUUCCGCAGAGCCUCAACCCGACUCUCUCCCGGCGCGCUGACGCCGGGCUCGGAGGUCGCGGAGGAGUCGAGGACCCGCGCCCGCGAACCUUCCACCUGCCGAAGAUCCGGGUGCAGCCAUGGGCUACCCCGGGCAGAGGCCCGUCAUCCCGCCGCAGAGCCAUCGAGAUGACAGAGAAACCCUGGUUUCUGAACAUAAGCACAAAGGGAAAACUUGUCGACAGUCUGCUGCCGUUUUUAAUGUUGUCAACUCAAUUAUAGGGUCUGGUAUAAUAGGAUUGCCUUAUUCAAUGAAGCAAGCUGGCUUUCCUCUGGGAAUAUUGCUUUUAUUCUGGGUUUCAUAUGUUACAGGCCUUUGUCUUUUUAAUGAGAUAUGUCCAGUUCAACAAAUGGUGUUUCUAAGUUCUGUUUUCAUGUUUGUGAAAUGUUGGGGAAAAAGAAAGAAUGAUUUUUCCCUCAUUUUAUUGAUAAAAGGAGCUGCCCUUUCUGGAACAGACACUUACCAGUCUUUGGUCAAUAGAACUUUUGGCUUUCCAGGAUAUCUCUUACUCUCUGUUCUACAAUUUUUAUAUCCUUUCAUUGCUAUGAUAAGUUACAACAUAGUAACUGGAGAUACUUUGAGCAAAGUUUUCCAAAGAAUCCCUGGAGUUGAUCCUGAAAACUUGCUUAUUGGUCGCCAUUUCAUUAUUGUGCUUUCCACGGUUGUCUUUACUCUGCCUUUGUCCUUGUAUCGAGAUAUAGCGAAGCUUGGGAAGAUCUCUCUUAUUUCUACAGUUUUAACAACUCUGAUUCUUGGAAUUGUAGUGGCAAGGGUAGUUUCACUGGGUCCACACAUACCAAAAACAGAAGAUGCUUGGAUAUUUGCAAAGCCCAAUGCCAUUCAGGCUGUUGGUGUGAUGUCAUUUGCAUUUAUUUGCCACCAUAACUGCUUCUUAGUUUAUGGUUCUUUGGAAGAACCUACAGUAGCUAAGUGGUCUCACAUCAUCCAUGUGUCUACCUUGAUUUCUGUAUUUAUCAGUAUUCUCUUUGCUGCGUGUGGAUACUUGACAUUUACUGGCUACACCCAAGGAGACUUGUUUGAAAAUUAUUGCAGAAAUGAUGACUUGGUAACGUUUGGAAGGUUUUGCUAUGGAGUCACUGUCAUUUUGACAUACCCCAUUGAAUGCUUUGUGACUAGAGAGGUAAUUGCCAAUGUGUUUUUUGGUGGGAAUCUUUCAUCAGUUUUCCACAUUAUCAUAACUGUGGUUAUCAUUACCGUGGCCACACUUGUGUCACUGCUGAUUGAUUGCCUUGGAAUAGUUUUAGAGCUCAAUGGUGUGCUCUGUGCAGCUCCCUUAAUUUUUAUCAUUCCAUCGGCAUGUUAUCUGAAGCUGUCUGAAGAACCCACGACACACUCAGAUAAGAUUAUGUCCUGCGUCAUGCUUCCCAUUGGUGCUGCGGUGAUGGCUGUUGGAUUCGUCAUGGCAGUCACCAACCCUCAAGACUGCAGCCACGGGCAGGAAAUGUUCUAUUGCUCCCUGGACAAUUUCUCCCUCACAAACAUUUCAGUCUCUCAUUUUCAACUGACAACGCAACUUUCUAUUUUAAACGUCAGUGUCUUUCAGUGAGUUGCCUCCUUUAAAAAAAAAUAUGCAUUUUUAUAGACUUCUAAAUUGCAUAAUAACAUUCACACGUUUUAAUCUCCGUAUUAUAAAAUUAUUACUUUGGCAUUUAUCGGGAUUUGGUUUCUUUACUCUUUAGUCCAAUGUAAAAGAUAAAAAGGAAAAGAAAGUUGAAUGUAUUUUAUCUUAAACCAGGGAAAAUAUAAAUGUUUUAAUGACUGUACUGCACAAAUCUUAAAGGCAGAAGGAAAAGUAAGGUCUUUGACAUUUGCUGCCAUCCUCUCAAAGAACUUUUCUCUUUUUAAACCAAUAUAUUGUGCUCUAAAAUGAGUAGAUGAUUGUGGGUUUAAAUUUUCUGUGUGUCCUUUAAGAAAAACAUAGAGGGCUUUUUGUUUUUUAAAGUCUAAGGAAAACUCAAGACGAUUAAAGAGGCAAGAUAUCCCAAGAC